AUGGCGGAGUGGCCUUUGCCCGUGGUUGGAGCUUCCACCCGCGCUUUAGCCUUUAAAAUGGAGCCGCAUGGGGAGACGAUUUCCCUGGAGCGAUGCUUGGGAUGGAGCGAGUCUUUUUCUCUCUUGCUGCUCUUGCUGUUCUUGCUGCUGCCGCAACCAACGAGGAGCUCUAAACCGGAGGCUGUGACAUCGUCUCAUCACCAAAUUCUUGCCUCUGUCAAGGGGAGCUACAAGCACGGUUUCAAUGGCUUCUCCGCCUUCUUGACUGAAGCCGAAGCCGACUCCAUUGCAAGUAUGCCGCUCUUUGAAGCUUUCGUCACGAGUUUUGAUGUGUUGGUUUAUCAGAGCUUCCUGGCGUGGUUAAGGUUUUCCGUUCCAGAAAACUCAGUCUCCACACAACACGCUCCUGGGAUUUUCUCGACAGCUUUUCUGGUGGUCCGCACAUUCAACUCAACUCUAGCUCCGGAUCGGAUGUCAUUGUGGGAGUCCUGGAUACUGGUAAUCAUGGAAAAAGCUUACGUCCGAGUUAAUUAUCCACUUCCAGGUGUUUGGCCGGAGUCCAAGAGCUUCGACGACGCUGGGAUGGGACCGGUGCCAAAGAGAUGGAAAGGAGGGCAUGGAACUCACACGGCCUCCACCAUCGCUGGAAGCCUGGUAAAAGACGCCACUUUUUUAACAACUCUUGGAAAAGGAGUUGCUCGAGGGGGCCAUCCAUCCGCAAGGCUUGCGAUCUACAGGGUUUGCACGCCAGAAUGUGAGGGUGACAACAUUCUCGCAGCAUUCGACGACGCAAUUCACGACGGUGUAGAUAUUCUCUCGUUAUCGCUGGGUGAAGAUACCACCGGAUAUGACGGGGAUUCCAUACCCAUUGGUGCUUUAUCCAUUGGUGCUUUACAUGCAAUGCAGAAGGGAAUUUUUGUAUCAUGUUCUGCUGGAAAUGGAGGUCCAGGCUUCCAAACCAUCGAGAACUCGGCUCCAUGGAUUUUGACAGUGGGAGCAAGCACUAUCGACAGGAAGUUCUCGGUCGACAUCAAACUUGGAAACUCUAAAACCGUUCAGGUCAAGGGAAAGAUUGUCGUGUGCAAUUACAGUCCGGGCGUUGCAUCAUCCUCGGCCAUCCAGCGACAUCUUAAAGAACUUGGUGCCUCUGGAGUAAUUUUCGCGAUUGAAAAUACCACAGAGGCAGUGUCCUUCCUUGAUCUUGCUGGAGCUGCUGUCACUGGGAGCGCCUUGGACGAGAUUAAUGCCUACCUGAAGAACUCGAGGUACACAAGCUUUCAUGCAUUUUUGCCCGAUCUCGUUGCUCCUGGUGUGGACAUACUGGCUGCAUGGAGUCCUGAGCAGCCCAUCAACAGUUAUGGCAAGCCAAUGUACACCGACUUCAACAUAAUCUCUGGAACUUCCAUGGCAUGUUCUCACGCCAGUGCUGCCGCAGCCUUUGUCAAAUCCAGGCACCCGAGUUGGAGUCCAGCAGCCAUCAAGUCGGCUCUCAUGACAACAGGUACCAAAGAGAACAAAAGAAAAAUAGUUUUCCCUCUGAUCGUUUGUUUGGUGUUUGUAGCACGCUUCCUGGACAACACAAAGAGCCCAAUCAAAGACCACAAUGGGGAAGAAGCUUCACCAUUUGUGAUGGGAGCCGGACAGAUUGAUCCAGUCGCAGCGCUUAGUCCUGGCCUGGUCUACGACAUAUCUCCGGAUGAAUACACGAUGUUUCUAUGCACGAGGAACUACACAAGGGAUCAGCUGGAGCUCAUGACUGGAAAGAACUUAUCUUGUGUACCCCUGGACUCCUACUUGGAGUUGAACUAUCCAUCCAUCGCGGUUCCCAUCACUCAGUUUGGCGGGCCAAAUUCCACCAAAGCGGUGGUGAACAGGAAAGUUACCAACGUUGGAGCUGGCAAGUCGGUCUACAACAUUUCAGUAGAAGCUCCGGCGGGAGUGACUGUCGCGGUGUUUCCUCCACAGCUCAGGUUUAAAUCCGUGUUGCAGGUUCUAAGUUUCCAGAUCCAAUUCACAGUUGAUUCAUCCAAGUUCCCACAAACUGGAACACUGACAUGGAAGAGUGAGAAGCACUCGGUCAGAAGUGUUUUUAUUCUUGGCACUGAGUUCAAGUGGCAGACGACAUGA